AUUUGUUUAGGCUUUUAGUUGGAAGUUGUUGGCUAAAAAUUACACUCACAAAACAACAAUGACAUCACAUUAAGCAACUAAUCAGGAGUUCUUGGGAGUGCAUCUGUUUGUGGCAGAUUAACUGUUUAUUCUAACGCCAAUCCUUAAAUACAGUGUUCUAGUCAAAGAUAAAAAUUUAUAUAGAAGCAAAACUGUGUUAUUUUAAACUGUCUUCUAUUUAAGUUUGCAUUGCUUUGCAAAAAGCAUGUGACAGUCUAUUGUGUUUGUGGUAAUUUUGAGGAGGUAUAUGCUCUGAUGACUAAAUCAGUCUUUUGCUCAACAAGCUCCUGUGCUGUGCAUUAGUACAUCUUUCAGCAAUAACACAUAUUGCCCUGAACUUGGACAUCAACUUUCUCUCUGACAUGACCUUUGUUGCUAAAUCCACAUUGUUAUCUAACUCUUAAGUCUACAGUGCAUUGCACCACAGACUCAUAAAACAUGUUGCAUGACCAUGAUCAACUGCUACUUCAACAAAAAAGAUCAACUGGCAGACAGAUGUAGAAACAAAAUCUGAGUAGUUUAUAUGAAAGUGUGUGUACCUGCUUCCUAUAUGACCACUGUUGCAGUCAACAUCAGCUGGAUACAGAGAGAAAAAAUAAAUUCAGUUGCUCUUCAGCCUGAAAGAGAGAAGUUGUUUGGGUCAAAGGCAGUUUCCUCGGCUUGUGUUUGCUGUUGUUGAGUGACUUGAAUAUGUGAAUCUGCAGAUGUCGAUUGAUGUCCGGGCUCUGAUCAUAAGGCAGAUGGCUGUUUAACGAGAGCUCUUCCUUGUUCAUCUCCAAGUUUUAGAUCUGCUGACGCCAACAAUGUUUUGGAAGUUUGACUUGCACACAUCCUCUCAUCUGGAGGCUUUGCUAGACAAGGAGGAUGUCACUCUCAAUGAGCUCAUGGACGAGGAAGACGUGCUGCAGGAGUGCAAGGCCCAAAACAGGAGACUCCUCCAGUUCUUCUGCCAGGACCAAUGCAUGCAAGAGCUAGUGCGUUUGAUUACAACAGAACCCCCUGCUGGCGCAGAAGAGACCAAGCGCUUCAAAUAUCCAAACAUAGCAUGUGAGCUGCUGACAUGUGAUGUAGGCGUGAUCAAUGAUAAGCUUGGCAAUGAGGAACCUCUGCUAGAAAAUCUGUAUGCUUUCCUGGAGCAGCCAUCUCCGCUUAACCCCCUGCUGGCCUCCUUCUUCAGCAAGACAAUUGGGAAUCUAAUAGCACGGAAGACUGAGCAGGUCAUCAGUUUCCUGCGAAAAAAGGAAGGAUUCCUUUCAUUGGUCCUGAAGCAUAUAGAUACAUCUGCCAUGAUGGAUGUGCUGCUACGCCUUAUCAGCUGUGUGGAGCCACCUCCACUUCGGCUUGAGACCCUCACUUGGUUGAAUGAACAGAAACUGGCCCAGAGACUCAUAGAGCUCAUUCACCCUGAGAGAGAUGAAGAGAGGCAGACAAAUGCUUCUCAGACACUGUGUGACAUCAUUCGUCUCAGCAGAGAUCAGGCCAGUCAGCUGCAAGAGAUUUCCCAGCCCGACCCGCUGCUCACUGUGCUGGAAUCGCAGGAGUGUGUCGAGCAGCUACUUCAGAAUAUGUUUUCAGGAGAAAGGGCUGAAAGCUGCAUUGUCAGUGGGAUUCAAGUUCUUCUGACCCUGUUGGAGAUCCGUAGGCCAGUGGUGGAUGGUGUCAUGGAUGCUCAGGGGUUUGAGAGAAGUUACACCGUUAAUAGCAGCAUUUUGUUGGCUAUUCAACCACACCUGACACACUUUCACCAGCUACUUCUGGAACCACCUAAGCGAGAUCCCAUGCUGACUACUCUGGGUGUGCUGGAAGAACCGCUGGGGAACACACGCCUGCAUGUGGCCAGACUCGUGGCCUCUCUGCUUUACACCAGCUCUGCCAGCCAUGCAGUCGUAGCUCAGGAGCUCUGCAGGCUCAAUGCUAUGGAUCUCCUUCUGGACCUGUUCUUUAAGUACAACUGGAACAACUUCCUGCACCUUCAAGUGGAGCUUUGUGUUGCUGCCAUCGUCCGGCCAUGUGCCCAUGAAAUGAGACUGCAGCCUGACUUCAGUUCCCAGGAUAAACCCAAGCUCUCUCCAGAUGCACCUCAAGAGCAAAAUACAAGUGAGGCCCCAACCUCUGAACCUUCAGUCACCUCUGAACCUUCAGUCACCUCUGAAAACUCUGCCUACAACUUAAUGGUGACUCAUUUGUUCCAACAUUGCCACCUUAUCCAGAGGAUUCUGGAGGCUUGGGAGGAGAAUGAUAAAAUCCAGUCAGAAGGUGGCAUGAGAAGAGGAUACAUGGGACAUUUGACGAGGAUUGCCAACACUGUGGUGCACAACCUGGAAAAAGGCCCAGUUCACACUCAAAUCAGUGACCUUAUUGCAGAGCUGCCAGAGGACUACAGAGGGCGCUGGGAAACCUUUGUGGAACACACACUGUCAGAAACCAAUAGAAAAAACACCAUAGACCUGAUUGGUACUGGAAACCCUCGAUCUUCUUCAGAGGAUGACAUGGAGAGCCCCUUCCCUAAAGAGCUGACAAUGCAGCAGGCCUUUUCAGACUAUCAGAUCCAGCAGAUGACGGCUAACUUUGUAGAUCAGUUUGGCUUUAAUGACGAUGAGUUCACGGAUCAUGACGACAACAUUGGUGCAACAUUUGACCGGAUUGCUGAGAUCAAUAUCAACAUUGAUGCAGGCCAUGACACCACCAACUCAGCUAUGUUUGAGGCCUGUUCUAAGGAAAGGAUUCAGCCCUUUGAUGAUGAAGAAGAAGACAUAUGGGAGGAAAAAGAAAUCAACUAUGCAACACAAACAAAGUCAAGAAACAGGUUCGGUGGCUCCCCUUCUUCCCAAAGCCAAGCAGCCAGUCAAAUGUGUGAGAGGACAGCAGCUUCCAGCACCGAUGCUCCUGACAGACCUGCAGACUCUGAUUCUGAGGAGGAAGACAAUAAAGACGACUUUGAUCCGUUUUCAAGCCAGGGCCAGACAGGUGCACCUCCAAGUUCUGACUGGGUUGCAGACUUUGGAGAAGUGAACUCCACAGCUCCUGCGGCUGGAGCAGCGGUUUCCCCCUGGGACGCUCCGGUCUCCCAGCCAGCUGCAACAGAGACGGAAGAUAAAGGGUGGGCCAAAUUCACAGAUUUUCAGCCUUUCUGUUGCAGCUCUGAAACGGGCCCCAGAUGCAGUUCUCCUGUGGACUCGGACCUCAGUGGUUCAGACAGCACCAAACCAAACCCCAACCCAUGUGUGUGGAGUGCUUGUGUUGCAAGAAAAGCUCCUCUUGUGGCAUCGGACAGCUCCUCCUCCAGCAGCUCAGACAGCGAUGAAGAGGAAGGAAAGACAGAGUCCACUUCCAGUGAGACUGUUACCACUGAGACCAUCACCACAGGUGCAGGGAAGGAGACUAUCCGGCUGACUGUGGAUGCCAAAAAUGGGAGGGCAGUCUUCACAAGAGUUUUCCGACCUGCAUUCAAGCGUGAAGGAGAUAUGGUGCCUAUAGAUGGACUGUCAAUCAAGGAAAAAGACAAAGAAGAUGAAAAAGAAAAGAAACAUGGAAAUGGAUCUAGCACAGUUACAACCGCCAGUCCAACUGACCAGUCGGCCGCUGUCACACAAGAGAUGCAGUCCCCUGCUAAUGGACCGGCCUAGCAGCGCAGCACAGGCCCACCUUUCCCACCUUUCUGUUCAACGCGCAGCCAUGCCCCCUUUUUUGCUUCCAGUUAGCAGAACCCCAAAGCCCUUUUGUUGUCUGAAGACAUGUAAGUGAAUAAAGAUCGUCUGUUCUGGGGUCAAACAGCAUUUAUGCUGGAAAGUAGGCAUCCACCCAUGGGUAGUAUUGAUGUCUUAUAUGCGCCUUCAUGACAUUAUUACAACUAAAGAGCUUCGAGGAUACUGUAGAGCAUUUCAUCGUGCCACGCAGCUAAAUUCAACUUCUUCUAACUCAGAAUCUUAGAUUAUUUGGGUCUAUUUUUUGCUCUUGAAAUCAAGCCACACAGAUUUGUUUUUCUAGCACAGGAUUUGACUGUUUACACUUUAGAAACGAGAGCUACAUUGUAAAAAUCAGCCAAGAUGCUUGACAAGUUGCCAGUUUCACCACCUCUGACUUUAGAAAAUUAAACACGGACAUUUUAUUAUAAGAAAUGUAAUUUUUUGUUUUUUGCUGCUUCAAUUGUUCCAUGUCUGUUUUCAUUAGCUGUAAUCACUUAAGAAAGAAAUGGUCUUUGCAUUUAGAGGAUUGGAUUUUGAGAGAAUCACAAUUCACUUCUGAAAAACCCAUAAUUUAGAAGUGUGUGUGUGUAUGUGCGUGCUUUGCAUACAUGUGUUUGUAGCCAUGUGUUUGUGUGUGUGUCGAGCUCUGUCUGUUACAGAGCGUAAUCUCAGGUUUAAGGAGAGGUAUGCAGAUACAAAGAAAGCACACCUGUGUAACACACACUUACACACCGUUCCAUACACACAUGUAUCAACAACCAUAUCCACGAACACAUGCAAAGAAAAAUAAAAAAACGCAAAAUAAAAAAGAGCACAUGGUGAUGAUGUGCACAUACCCGUUCAUACCACCCUCCAGAGGUGUUUCAAUGUAAUAUUGUGAAUUUUGAACCUGUAUUAGGUUGUGGCUAUUCUUGGUAUUAUGUAAACGUAACAUAAAUGUAAACAUUAUAUAUAAACAUUAUUAUAUCUAUUUUUGGAAUAAAUCCAGUGUAUGGAAAUGAGGUUGUUUUGCAGGUUGCAGUGUGCGCGAGUGUAUUUAUGUGUGCGUGUUCUGUUGAAAGGCAAUAAUGAUGUCUGUUUUUUGUUGACGGGCCAGCAUCAGUUCCUGUUUCUUUGCUACUUGCUUCCUAUAUAGAAGCAUAGGACUGAGCAUGAUGUGAAUGCAUGUCGGUAGUCUGCAGGACGUCUUCCGUAAAAAUGAUUCUAGUUAUGUACAACUCAAGUUUUUUUGUUUCUUUUAAUUAUCAUUUCUCAGAGUGAAACAUUUGCUUUAGCUUUUAACUUGAAAGAUUUAUUCAGAGGAGAAAAUGAGUCAUUCGGAACUCAAACAACCUAAAAAGUAUUAUUUGAGUUUGAGGUUGUUUUUUUUUUUUGUUUGUUUUUUUUUUUUGCCUAUUUUACUAAAUUUAAGGUUUUGAUCUUUUCUGUCAUUUUCCAUUUAGGUAUUUUGUAAUACUGAAAUAUUGCCUUCUUUAGCAGGACAUUUCAUUCCCAUCGCUGGGUGUCUCAAAUCCCUUUUAACAACUCGCAACUUAAAUAAUGUUCUGUAUGUUACAUAGUCUACAGCAAGGAAAAAGAUUUUAUAGUUCAAAACAAAUUAUAUUUUUGGUUUUCUUUCAUCAUGCAUCAUAAUCAGUAAUCAUUGGUAGUCAAUGAGUAACCAAAAAGAAUGCAAUGGACUUUAGUAAAUUUUCACAAAUUGAUGAGAUUUGAAAAUAUUUUUCUCACACUUAUCUAAAUAUUUCUUCCAAAAAUUUAAAACAAAAGUAAACUUAUUUGCCAUGGCUAAAAUAUAUUAGUAAUUUCUGAUACACAGUUGUAGCAUAAAAGGACCAAAUUACAAUGCGUCUGUUCAAAACAGGAAUUUGAAUUGAUAAUGGAGCUAAGUGACAGAGUAGAGGUCAUAAGUUUAAAAAAACUGAUAUGUUUUUGAACAGUUGCAUACAUAAAACGACUCCUUGAUUGAAAGAACUGGGGGUGUCUUAGGCUAAAUGUUUUAUCUCAAAAACAGUAAAAACAGUUCUUUUAAGAUGGGCUCCAGUCUAAUGCUUGAUAAAACUCCAUAUAAGAAACACAAAAACUUGGUCUAAGUUGUUAUAAACCGCAUAAUUUAUUUCUUUUUUGUUUGUUUGUCCUCUUUCUCAGGGUAGGAGUUGACUUUAAUUGCAUAAAUGUCUCCUGAGUGAUUGUUAUAGUUAUUUUGAAAAAGAAAUCACUUUUUUAAGGGACAUGUCUGAUUUGUACUUGAGGUGCGCCAUCUUGUUACUCCCUCCUCAAAGAGGCAGGGGGAAUUGGACUUGAAAAAAGCAAACCAUGUAGAUACUGUAGUUUUUUGGGGGUUUUUUUUCAUUUUUUUUUCAUCAGUGGUCUCUGCCAAAGUGUGGCUUCCCUCCAGUGGCAUAGCUGAGAUUUAUCAAGCGCAGCCUCUUUUUGGUCCCCCGUCUGUGUUCCCCCAAAGUCAUACGGUGUAGUUAAGAGCAGAAAAAGCGGAUAGACUGAGUCAAAAAGAAAGUAUUUGAAGAAUAGGUUACAACUUUUCACUUUUAUCUGUCCAGGACUUUUGAGCUGUUUGAAGUUCUCAGAAAUUGAGGUUUGGGGUUAAAAACAAAUAGCUGUGUACAGGGUCGGAAUAUUUUAAACCUUCUUUAAUGAAAGUUAAAAACCACGUCGGACCCACAGUGUUUGUAUGUCUUUGGGUAUAACGGGUAUGUUGCAAUGUGGUAGGAUAUGGUUCAAUUUUGAGUGCCAUUAAGUUUGCACAUUAGCCUCAUUUACCUCCUUGGGUAUACGUCCAAAGUGGAAAAAACAAAUACUUACCCAUUAUCUAGUAUAAACGGUGCCUUGCAAAGUAUUCAUACUCACUGAUCUUUUUCAUUAGCACAUUUUACAAACAUCUGUGUGUUUUCCUGGGAUUUUAUGACAGCUUAACAUAAUUUGUUGAAUACUUGUAAAGCAGAAAGAAAAUUGUGCUUUCUGUUCUUUUAGCAAAGAAAAAUCUGAAAAUUGUGGAGUGCAUUUACAUUCGGUGCAUCUAAAUCUUUACUUUGCAGAACUACUUUUUGCUUCCAACACAGCUGCGUUUUUUGGGGACUGUCUUUGAUAGCUUUGCACAUCCAGUGGCUGAAUUUAUUGUCCAUUUUUCUCAACAAAUUUCAAGUCUAGCCACUGUUUCUUAAAGACGUUUUGCUUUAUGUUAUGAGUUGUUAUCAUAUUAAAAAAUAAACAUCCAUUUCAAAUCUUCAGCUCCCUCCAAAGUGUAUUUAGAUUCAUCUGUCUGUUCCCAACAAAGACUAACAUCCACACAGCAUGACACUGCCACCACCAUAGUUUAAGAUGGUGAUGUUGUGUUCAGUGAUAGUAUUCCAUCACGUGGUUUUGCAUAUAUUGACCAACGAGUUCAGCUUUUCUCCUCAUCUGACCACAGGACUUUGCUCCACAUGUUUGCUGUGUGUCCUGUUUGGCAUGUAGCAAACAAGAAGCAAGACAUUUUAACAGUGGCUUUCUUUAAGGCAGCAUUUGUUGAGUUUGCAACUAAGACCUGUACUAAUAGUUGACUUCUCAUAGUUUACAAGUUGGAAAAGGUAGUAAAGGAGGAUGAGUACAAAUGCCUAUUAUGGUUUUCAGAUUUUUACACCAUGAUAAAAGUUCCAAGAAAUAUGAACACUUUUGCAAGGCAUUAUAGUUUGAGGCCAUUUUAGAGUUUUUCUUGCACUCUAGCUUAUUUUUGAAUCUGUGUGUGUGUAUAUGUUGGGAAAAGUGUUGGCAAAGACAGCCGUGUUGUUAAAUGCCUUUUUUUGUAAAGUGAACUGAUGCUGGUGGGUUUUCUUUCCUUUUCUCCUUUAUUUUCCUUUGGGAGUAUCGUGUCUGUUACCUGUUGUCUAUUUAGCUUGUACAUUCAGAUAUGAACCUAAUAAACAUGUCAAAAAAAAGGAAGAAACUUGAGCGUCCGUUUGUCUCACUCACCGCUCGGGGCCUGUUGUAAGACUCAUUCACAAAGCAAACAAAGCCAUGAUAUGGAGAACAGGACUCCCACAUUCUUGUUUACUUCAGGCUCAGGUGGAUUAGGUUGCAUCUCAUCCACAUUUGUGCUACACCCUCAUAUCCUCUCCAUCAUAAAGCUGCCUCUCAUUUAUUUCAAGCUGUGCUCCGGACCCCUUUCCGGUGCUCCUACACGUCUCGUAUUAGCUAUUUUCAUCUUGUAAUCUUAUCUAGAUAUCAUUCGCGGGUGUGUGUCUCCAUUCCGCCACUUGUCAUCGCAUUCCUACAUAACUCUCGCAAAUAUACCAAACACACAUCCAGCUUCUCCAGUUGCUUCUUAACCCUCUCCUUCU